UCAGUUCCGACUUCCGCUCGGCUCGGCCCUUUCCUGUUCGGCUGGUGCGGUGGAAGCGGCGAUCUCGGACGCCGGGUCUCCCGUUUUCUUCGCAUAGACACCUCUACUGCAAAGAUGGUCAACGUACCUAAAACCCGGAGGACUUUCUGUAAGAAAUGUGGCAAGCAUCAGCCUCACAAGGUGACCCAGUAUAAGAAGGGCAAGGAUUCCCUGUACGCCCAAGGAAAGCGGCGCUACGAUCGGAAGCAGAGUGGUUACGGUGGGCAGACAAAGCCGAUCUUCCGAAAGAAGGCCAAAACCACAAAGAAGAUUGUGCUCAGGCUUGAGUGUGUCGAGCCCAACUGCAGAUCCAAGAGGAUGCUGGCCAUUAAGAGAUGCAAGCAUUUUGAACUGGGAGGAGACAAGAAGAGAAAGGGCCAAGUGAUCCAGUUCUAAAACUUGUGUUUUCUGAGAGGAAAAUACUGAAGCAGUGGGAAAAUUACGUGUUAGAAAAUAAAGUUAUUGUUACUGAUA